CACAGCCGACCGGAAAAGACGGCAGCGACAGAUCAUCGUCAAAGCAUGUCUUAAUCAUGCCCGCCGUCGACGGGUAGGUUCCCCGCCACUGGACCAACACGGUCUCAUCGCCGUACCAGAAGUCCAGCACUGUCUCCGUCGAGAGGUGUGUUGUCUAAAAACUCUCGGCCGCCGAUUCAACAGUUCAACUCGCCACCUCAUUUACCCCUCCUGCCGUCUCGGGGCCGCGACGUUGCUGCCCUGCUUCGCAUGUCGAGUCUGUAAACUACACUGCACCCUCCUCCGUUCAUCUCCAUUUCAUCGGCCAUGUCCGUACUGCCCACCCUCGUCGGGCUCCUCGUCCUCCUCGACGCCGGCGCCUCCGCGUGUUCCGCCGCGACGGACACCAUCUCGGCCGGCCAGGUCCUCGCCGGCGAUGACAGGCUCGUCUCCAACAACAGCAAGUUCUCGCUCGGCUUCUUCAGAGCUCCCGACGGGGCCGCCCAGUCGUCAACGUCCCCCGGCCCCGACACCGCGCCGCCGUCAAACAAGUGGUACCUCGGCAUAUGGUUCACCGCGGUCCCUAACCUGACCACGGUGUGGGUGGCCAACGGCGCGAACCCAAUCAUGAACGCCGCUGACUCAGACUUGCCGGAGCUCACCGUCUCCGCCGACGGCGACCUCGUCGCCGUGAACCAAGCAACCAAAUCUAUAAUCUGGUCUGCUCAAUCGGCCCAAGACACAACCAAGAACACCACCACCAUCGCCGUGCUCCUGAACAGCGGCAACCUCGUCCUCCUCGACACCUCGAACUCCUCCGCACCCCGCACGCUGUGGCAGAGCUUCGACCAUCCGACCGACACGCUGCUCCCCAGCGCAAAGCUCGGCCGCGACAAGGUCACCGGUCUGAACGGCCGCCUCGUCUCCAAGAAGAGCUCGAUCAACCCAUCCCCCGGACGCUACUGCUUCGAGGUAGACCCCGACGUUCCCCAGCUCGUGGCGAAGCUCUGCAACUCGUCUAUCACCUACUGGUCCACCGGCGCAUGGAACGGCAAGUACUUCAGCAACAUCCCGGAGCUGUCAGGCAACGUUCCAGGUUUCCGGCUCGUGUUCGUCGACAACGCCCAAGAGGAGUACCUCCAGUUCAACGUGACAAACGAAGCAACGGUGACUCGCAACAUGAUCGAUGUCACUGGACAGAACAAGCAUCAGGUGUGGCUCGAUGCCUCGCAGGACUGGCUGACGCUCUAUGCCGCCCCGAAGGCGCAGUGUGAUGUGUAUGCAACCUGUGGACCUUUCACAAUCUGCAGCUACAAUUCAAUCCAAAUCUGUAGCUGCAUGAAGGGCUUCUCUGUCAGGUCAGUGAUAGAUUGGGAGCACGGCGAUCACUCAGGUGGAUGUGUCAGAGAUGCUCCACUGGAUUGUACUAGUAACUACACUAGUCAAGCAUCUUCAACUGACGAAUUCGUUUCCAUACCUAGCAUUGGAUUGCCUGACAAAGGGCAUAGCUUGAAAAAUGUUAGGAGUUUAGCUGACUGCUCAAAGGCAUGCAUGAACAACUGCUCUUGCUCUGCAUAUUCCUACGGCAGCCAAGGAUGCCUUGUUUGGCAGGAUGGAUUGCUUAAUGCAAAACUACAUCAAAGCAUCGGUACAGGUGCAGUUUCUAAUGGAGAAAUUCUUUAUCUUCGUCUCGCCUCAAGAGAAUUGCAGGCAUCGGGAAGCAACAAUCGAGGAGUGAUCAUCGGUGUCGUCACCGGUGCAUGUAUUACUGCUUUAGGUUUGCUGGUGUUGGCAAUAGUAUUGAUCAUCCGGAGGAACAGAACCAAGAACAACAUUCAAGGAGGUGGUGGUGGGCUUGUGGCUUUUACAUACAGAGAAUUGCGUUCUGCAACUAAGAAUUUCUCUGAAAAGCUUGGGCAAGGUGGAUUUGGUUCUGUCUUCAAGGGGCAUCUGCGCGAUUCGACCGGUAUCGCGGUGAAGAGACUCGAUGGAAACUUCCAAGGAGAGAAGCAAUUCAGGGCUGAAGUGAGCUCAAUCGGAAUCAUCCAACACAUCUACUUGGUCAAGCUAAUCGGUUUCUGCUGUGAAGGCGACAGCAGGUUCCUUGUCUACGAACACAUGCCAAACCGGUCCCUUGACACCCACCUGUUCAAGAGCAACGGCAUGUUCUUGGACUGGAGGACUCGGUACCAAAUAGCCCUUGGAGUCGCCAGAGGCCUCUCCUACCUCCAUGAGAGCUGCCGAGACUGCAUCAUCCACUGCGACAUCAAGCCGGAGAACAUACUACUGGACGCGUCGUUUCUCCCCAAAAUCGCCGAUUUCGGGAUGGCGAAGUUCGUGGGGAGAGAUUUCAGCCGAGUCCUGACCACGAUGAGAGGAACCAAAGGAUAUCUCGCACCUGAAUGGAUCAGCGGGACAGCCAUUACGCCGAAGGUCGAUGUCUACAGCUACGGCAUGCUGCUACUGGAGCUUGUGUCCGGAAGGAGGAACUCAGGUGAGGAGUACACGACUCCCGAAUCUUCUGAUGGCUACCGGGCUGUCUACUUCCCCAUGCAAGCUGCAAGGGAGCUUCUCAAGGGUGAUGUGAAGACUCUGCUGGAUCAGAAGUUGUGUGGUGAUGCCAAUCUUAUGGAGGUUGAGAGAACUUGCAAGGUGGCCUGUUGGUGCAUCCAGGACGACGAAGCUGACCGGCCGACGAUGGGCGAAGUGGUUCAGAUCCUUGAGGGCGUGCUGGACCGCGACAUGCCCCCGCUGCCGAGGUUGCUUGAGAAAAUCUUUGGGAGACCACACUCAAUGACAAAUUGACAACAGAGAACACAGUAUUCUUCUAACGGAAAUGGCUUAGAUUUUAGCCUGGGAUCUUGCCAGUCGAUCACAGAAUCAGUUUGCUAGUAUAUACUUUUGCUUCUUCUUUUUUCCUUCAAAUAGUUGUACAGUUGUUUGUGCUUGUGAAAUUCAAGUUAUACUACUACCAUAUACAGUUGCUGCU